AGUGUUUAGUUCAACCAAUAUUGUAAAGUGUUUUUAGCCUGCACAAGAGAAAAUGAAGUGGAUUUGGAGCCUUUUAAUCCUAGGAAUUGUUUUUGGUGUAACUGAAGGAAGAAUCCUACAACCGGAGCAACGUGCGGACGCAAACACUACAGCGGAUCCAGAGAAAAAGCCGGAAUCACCUGCAGCACCCGCAUCACCCACAUCAUCCACAUCAUCCACAUCACCUGCACCCCAAGGAAGUUCAACAACUGCAAAAGAUAAAUACACUCUAGAAGAGGAGAAAUUAACAAAAGAUCUUGAGGACAUUCUUUCUAAAUAUGAACGUGAAUGCAUUGGUAAUCCUGAGUUUUCCGCUAAUCUGGAUAAGGUACGCAAAGCGAUAAAAUGGAACAAUGGCACUUUGCAACAAAAAUAUGAACUUAAAUUUGAAUUCGAUAAUUACAAUAAGCUACGUAUUGACCUUGAAAAAAAAAUCGAUAUCGCAAUUGAAACGUUAAAUGAAGUUCUUCCUACUUUAGAACCGAACAGCUACUGUUCAAAGAAAUUACUUAAACAAAGAGAAGCACUUAAAAAAGCCAAGCAACUUUCGAAUGAGGGAAAAUUAGAUUCAUUAACGGUAAACUCAAAAGAAUGCGAUAAUACUGAUGAUGAUUCUUUCGAUUAUAAUUAUUUAAAUUAAA